AAUGUGGCCACCACAAGGGGGUGUGUGUUGGCUAGACUGCAACCGCAACCUGACUGAUGCAAAACAUGUCAGGGUGCAGUCACUAGCUUUUACUAGAAUUCCUACCUUUUAGCGCAAUAUAAUGUCGUGAAUUGGAAUAAACUUGGAUAAAAAUUAAACAAGAUGACAGACCCCGAAAAACCUUUUGUGUGCACCGAGCAGGGUUGUGGAAUGACCUUCACCAACGAAGACCACCUGACGGUUCAUAAAAAGAAGCACGAGAUGAGCUUAUCAAUUGCAGGAAAAAGUGCUUUUGUUGAUCAAACACCAACACCGACCAGAUUUUACAGAUAUGGAGAAGAAGUUGGCCUUUUCCAAGAUCUCCAGAAUGUGAAUCCUUUUGAAGAGCAGUUCAAAAAGGCGGCAGAGGCCGUCAAAAUGGGUGACACGCCUCUCCAGCCUGAGCCCAUGUCUGGGCCUAUUGAUGACACAUUGCAUACUCCUCAAGUUAUGCCUCUUCCAUCUGUGCACCUGGAGUCGCCAGAAGUGAACAACCACAGCGUCAUAGCGAUGUCACCAAUCCUUUCCUCGGGCAUAGAGAUGGAUAAAAUCGUCGAGAACAUGGAGGAAGACGUGCUGAUUCCCCAAGUCGUGGAGCAGACUACCAUUGUACCUGCGGCCCCUCUAGCAGAAAACGCUGUGGAGGAGGAAGCGCCUGUUCAAGUCAUUGUCAACCAGGAUCCUUCUGCUGUGAACACCCAGAAGUAUUUGCCUCUUAUACAACUACCUGAUGGCAGAUAUGUCACCAUGGCCGGGGAGCCAGUGCAACCCUCCAACUUGCCUUCUGUUGUUAUUCAGUGCGCCUACACCACCGCUAAUCCUGGCAGUGUGAUAGCUGACAAUCCAGUACCUGCUGCUAGUAGCCAUAUCCCGGUAGAGUCUGUCUCUGGACCGUCCACUAUACAUAUUUUGCCAAAACCAAGUGCUCCCAUUCCACCUCCAAAAAUCUCGCUUGCCAAAGAGAAAUUAAAAGAGAAGGUGAGCAGAAAGAGAGUGACGCAAACUUUGCCCACUAUAAAUCAGCCAGUCAAUCAAGAACCUGCAAAGCCAUCAAAGGCGAACAAAACUCAGAUCUCAAAAAAACACGAAGAUGAUAAAACUUCUAAAAAAUUAGAAAGAAAUAGAGCCGCAGCAGCGAGGUUUAGAAAAAAGAAAAAGAACAUGGAAAACGCUCUUGUGCUUCGAGUUCAAGCUUUGGAAGAGAAAAUCAAGGACUUGCAGAAUGAAAACCGACAAAUAACGAGCCAAAUGAUUUUCUACAGGACUGAGGCAGCAAACGCCAAAGAUCUCCUUUUGGCUCACAGAGACUGUUCUGUCACCAGGCAAAUGAACAGAACUGAUGUUAUCGCUGUUGUCGAUUCUUCCACCCAAAACAACGAAGUGUUUGCGGCGAAUCAAGAAUUAGUCGACUCCACUGGUGAAAUCAGUGAUUUGCCGACCGUGAAAGAGUCCAUCACCGUGAGAAGAGCGUCCACAAACAAAGCACCCAGCCUGGCACCCCUGAUGAUCAUCAGGCAAAACAGUGGAGACGGAGGAGGGGUUCUGCGGUACUGUUCUAGUGAUACGGUCAUUGUGGAAAACUUUCAGAGAGCUAAUACAGAUUAAUGUGGGUUUUGUUGUGUAAUCUUUUGUUAACUACUUGAUUACUGUCCUAUAUUACGUGAAUUCAAUUUUUCUUGACUUUGACAACUUAAAAUAAUAACAUGCAUUUGACCUCUUAAGGUUACAGCAAAAACCUUUUCAUAUUUAUUGUGUUGUUACCAUUUCUUAGGUGCCUUAACAGUGAAAUAAAAAAGGUACGCUAUUGUA